AUGGCGGGUUCCGGGCUACUGCCGCUGGCGCUGGCCGUGCUGCUGCUAGUGAGACCCAGAGACUCCUCUGUCGUCCUUGUAGUCACAGGUGUUGCCUUUUCAGCAUUCUGGGAAACAGAAGGAACAGAAUCACCUGCCACAAGUCCAGAGUCCACGACUGUCUCCUUCACCUCAAGUGCAGAGUUCAAGACUGUCUCCUCCACCUCAAGUGCAGAGUCCACAUCUGUCUCCUCCACCUCAAGUUCAGAGUCCACAUCGGUCUCCUCCAACUCCCUGAAUCUGGAAGUGACAUCCACUCCAGACUCCAGCUCCGGCUCCACAGGAGCAAACUCAGGCUCAGCCUCCCCAGAACCAGAAACAGCCUCUCUCCCCAGCUCUGGCUUCCCAGGUUCCGAGCCGACCACCAUAUCCCAAUUCACGAGCUUGCUUCCACAAGGUUCACCUACCGUGUCCAGCCCUAGCCAGGAUGCAGACAGCCUGUGGAUCCCCACAGCACACAGGAACCCGGGCGUGGUGAUCGCUGUCUGUCUGCUUGUGUCUGUCUUGCUGGUCGGCUCUGUGCUCACUGCCGUGAGACACUGUAACCGAGAUGCAGCAGCUUUUCAGAAUCUGGACACAGUAUCCAUGGGCAGCGUGAGCCAGAGGCUGCCAUUUGCCGACCACCUACAGUCCUGACUCUCAGAGGCCUGGAGAUGGGGUGGGGAUAACACCUGGGAAAAGCGGUGGCCGGGAAAGUCCCCACUGCACUGAC